AUGGUGAAGAUUCUGGUCGAGGCUGGAGCUGAUGUAGAAGCCAAAGACGAUGAUGGGUUUGCACCGGCCGAACUUGUACCUCACCGGAAUCGUAUAGUUAUACAACAGCUUCUACGCAAACCGCAAUAUCAUCCGUCUGGUAACAUCACCAUGUUCCCAGAUAUCGCGAACGGACAGCACAGAGAUAAAGGACAUGCAACCCCGGGAGGAAGCAUGGAUGCUGAACAAGAGACUGCCCUGAAGCCACUAUUCCCAAUCCGCAUCAACGGGAACCUUCUCGACCCUUCGGUGAAGCCAAAGGAGGACGCAUCCGAGACCAAUUACGUACUAAUCCAAACCGACGACAAAAAGCUCGGGACGUCAAAGAGACAGGACCUAGCCGAUGCCAAUCUCGUGCCCCUCAAGUACGUCUCGAUGAACACACGUCUUUUCAGCUAUCCAGACGUUAGCCUGGCCAAGAUUCGCCAACUGGCUCCGGUCCUCUAUGCAGAUAUAUACCGCAAGGAGCUCAAAGUCUCGCCUGUACUUGAAGGGUUGGAAGAUGAAGUCGAAGUGGAUGUCAUAUUCCAUAACGAUGUGAACUUGAGCUCCGAAGACCUCCAGACUCGGGUUGCAAAGGAAUCAGGUCUUGGCUUGCAGGACAUCAAGUUCAGCGGGAAAAAAGCACGAAUUACUGUACAGGGUACUCGUAUUGGCCGAAUUGCGGAAAUUGACGAAGUAUUCUGUAUAGAAGCAGCAAGUAUGACAGAACACUGA